AUGCCUCGCGCCUCGCGCAUUCCGGCGAUACUAAUCAGCCAAAAACCACCCUCUAGAUUACCAUCCAAUGCUCCGCGAUUAUGGAAUGCGAAAGAACGGAUCAAGACCAAUGUCGGGCUCAAGCAGCGUGACAUGGAGAAACUGAAAGAGUCGCCUCACAUUCAGUACGAGAAGAGCCUUGAGCGGUCCAACAAUGAGGCUACAUAUAAAAGAUGGUUGAAACUUAGAUACGCCGAGCCAAUGGAAGGCAAGGAUCAAUGGUGGAAGAAUGAGAGCAGUAUGGUGCUUCAGUACAUGGAGAACCAUCCGCAGCUUUGCAAAGUGUCAGAGGAUGUGCAAAUAUUCAUCUCGGAAAAUCCACAGUUGACUGCCCACCAAAUAUCCUAUCUGCUGAGGAACCCAGCUCGAUAUUUCAGCAUCCCUAAAAAUGUGCCUUUCGAAGAUCGAAAACAAAUAUACUUUCCGGAUCCCAAAGAUGCAGUAAUCCUGCUAAGAACCAAACAUCUCGGCCCGCGCUACGCAGCCUUCUUUGUACCCCUGCACUUCAACAAACUCGACAUGCGAGAUUACCUCAAAUCCGUCUAUAAUGUAGACAUCCUCCAUAUCAGGAGCACAAUUAUUCAAGCAAAAGUCAAACAGAUACCCACAAUGUCCAAAGUCGGACGGGGAUACUGGGCCCGCCCAGCAAGCCGGAAGAAAAUGACCGUUCUAUUAGCAAAACCGUUCGUUUAUCCUGAAGAAAUCAAAGAUCUAUCCGAAUGGGACCACGAACAUUACUGGGAUACGCAAAUAGCGCGCGAGAAAGAAUACAAAAAGCAAGCCGACACAACCAAACCCAACGAAGAUUUCCGUGCCGCCAUGAAAUCUCAGGCGAAAGCCGUUGUCCGGAAUCUCAAGACGUCAAGGGAAUGGACGCCGACGUGGAAGGAGCUCGCGUCGAAUCAACGCGCCAUGCAGGGCGCCGUCACAGCUAUUCCCCCGAAGAAGUCCGCUUCAUCAUUACCGCUGCCUCCCCCUGAGAGAGCGACGACAGGGGAGAGUAUACGAUCGCUUCCUGAGUAG